ACUUCAUAAGAACAUCGUAAUCCCAUCCGUUUAUAUAUAUAUUCCAAGUUAAACUUCAUAUCAUACACACAAACCUAAAACACCGAAACAAAAACAAAGAGAUUUAAACAAGAAGAGUUAUUAUGGCGAGCUUGCUAGAUAAAGCCAAGGACUUCGUGGCGGAUAAACUCACCGCGAUCCCUAAACCGGAGGGUUCAGUUACGGACGUUGACCUCAAAGACGUGAACCGUGACUCAGUUGAGUACUUGGCCAAAGUCUCUGUCACCAAUCCUUACAGUCAUUCGAUUCCGAUCUGUGAGAUCAGUUUCACUUUCCACAGCGCCGGCAGGGAGAUUGGAAAGGGGAAGAUACCGGACCCGGGUUCUCUGAAAGCUAAGGACAUGACGGCUCUUGAUAUUCCCGUGGUGGUGCCGUAUAGUAUACUGUUUAACCUGGCUCGAGACGUUGGUGUGGACUGGGACAUUGACUACGAGCUCCAAAUCGGUCUAACCAUCGACCUUCCUGUUGUAGGGGAAUUUACUAUCCCUAUCUCUAGUAAGGGAGAAAUCAAACUUCCUACUUUUAAAGAUUUCUUCUGAUCGACAAAACCUAUAUAUAAGACCACACAUCGUUAUGAUGGUGAAUGGUGAUGAUCGUAAUGUAAUAAGUUGGGUUUGCUAUAACUAAUAAAAUGUUAUUUUGCCAUAUCAUAAGUUUGGACAGAUCAGUUCUUUUGGGAAGUUGCAUAAGAAACCAAACCAAAAUCCAAGGCAAAAUCUUAUAAUUCAAUUUGGUUUGAUAUGAAAACCAAAAGAUAUGUUCUGUUUUGUUCUGAUUUAUCGGUUUCCAUUUUAAUUCUGCUUGGUCUGGUUAACCGGAUUUAAUUCAUUAAGCGCUGAAUAUUUUCACAUCUAAAUCAUCCAGUUUUGCAAGAUUUCCGAAUACAUAGUUGUCAUAAGAUGAAAUAUCUAAAAAACAUUGCCGACAAAAUAAGAUUUUUUUUUAAUUUUUGGUUUUGUGAUUUGAUUCUAAUUUGGAAACGUUCCUCCGGUCAUUCCCUCUGCCAGCUUGGGAGCUACAACAAGUAACCAUAAAAAAGACUUAGAAAAAUGACUCUACUCUUGACAACCAACAAAAGAAAACAAGAAUCGAAAUCAGAAGUAUAAUUAAGUAACCUGCGUUUGUCAAUCUGAUGAUACGUUUGGUAAUACUCAUCCGGAGCGAUAUCGAGAAUGAGCGUUUUGAAGUUGCAAAAUCCGUAAUCAGCGGAGAUGUUCUGAAAUUAAGUAACAAGGAUCAGUGAGAACAAAAGAUGAUGAUCCAUUCCUCCUCCACGUGUCCCCCUUUCUCUGCGAUGCUUCCACUUGUC